UCCCGGCGGCGGCGCUGCGGAGGCUCCCGGGAGCCCGGCGGCGGCGCGGGGCGGCGAGCGGGCCGGCGAUCGGGGGAGCCUCCCAGGCCGGCCGCGUGGGCCGAGCAUGGCGGGCUCCCUGCCUCCCUGCGUGGUGGACUGCGGCACCGGGUAUACCAAGCUUGGCUACGCAGGCAACACAGAGCCACAGUUCAUUAUCCCUUCAUGUAUCGCCAUCAGGGAGUCGGCAAAGGUGGUGGACCAAGCCCAGAGGAGGGUACUGAGGGGAGUUGAUGACCUGGACUUCUUCAUAGGGGACGAAGCCAUAGAUAAACCCACAUACGCCACCAAGUGGCCAAUAAGACAUGGAAUAAUUGAAGACUGGGAUCUGAUGGAAAGGUUCAUGGAACAAGUGAUUUUUAAAUAUCUUCGAGCUGAACCUGAGGAUCAUUAUUUUUUAAUGACAGAACCGCCACUGAAUACACCAGAAAACCGAGAGUAUCUCGCGGAAAUUAUGUUUGAAUCGUUCAACGUCCCAGGACUCUACAUUGCGGUUCAGGCAGUGCUGGCCCUGGCCGCCUCGUGGACAUCGCGACAGGUGGGCGAACGCACGUUGACGGGGAUCGUCAUCGACAGCGGGGACGGGGUCACCCAUGCCAUCCCAGUGGCAGAAGGCUACGUGAUUGGGAGCUGCAUCAAGCACAUCCCCAUCGCAGGGCGGGACAUCACCUAUUUCAUCCAGCAGCUGCUGCGGGAGCGGGAGGCGGGGAUCCCCCCAGAGCAGUCGCUGGAGACCGCCAAAGCCAUCAAGGAGAAAUACUGCUACAUCUGCCCUGACAUAGUCAAGGAGUUCGCCAAGUACGACGUGGAUCCUCGGAAGUGGAUCAAACAGUACACGGGGAUCAACGCCAUCAACCAGAAGAAGUUCGUCAUAGAUGUCGGCUACGAAAGGUUCCUGGGCCCUGAGAUUUUCUUUCACCCGGAGUUUGCCAACCCGGAUUUCAUGGAGUCCAUCUCGGAGGUGGUUGAUGAAGUCAUACAGAACUGCCCCAUCGACGUUCGCCGUCCGCUGUAUAAGAAUGUCGUUCUUUCGGGAGGCUCCACGAUGUUCAGGGAUUUCGGACGUCGCCUGCAGAGAGACUUAAAGAGGGUGGUGGAUGCCAGGCUGAAGCUCAGCGAGGAGCUCAGCGGCGGCAGGAUAAAGCCCAAGCCUGUGGAGGUCCAGGUGAUAACGCACCACAUGCAGCGCUACGCCGUGUGGUUCGGAGGCUCCAUGCUGGCCUCAACUCCGGAGUUCUUGCAGGUCUGCCACAGCAAGAAGGACUACGAGGAGUGCGGCCCGAGCAUCUGCCGCCACAACCCCGUCUUCGGGGUCAUGUCUUAGUGGGGCUUGGGCGCCGCCCCGCAGUGGUGUCGUCGGAGCGCAAGUGUCCUUCAGACCCGGAGUCGACGGGCCCUGUACGUAGAGCGCGGGCGUGGUGUCCCAGUGCAUGCGGCGCCGCCCGCCGGACAGCUCGCCAAGCCAUCUGCGCGCCCGCCCCGCCCUCGCCCCGCCCCUCACCUCGCCCCGCCCCAUUCCUAACCCUCGCCCCACCCUGUCCCUCGCCCUGCCCAUCACUCCGCCCAUUUCCCCGCCCGGCCCUCACCCCGCCCCCUUGCCUCGCCCCAUUUCCAACCCCGCACUGCCUCUCACCUUGGCCAUCUUCCCUUCCCGCCCCGCCCCUCUAUGCCCUCACCCCGCCCCUCACCUCUCCAUGCCACCCGCACCCCCCCACCCGCCCU